GAUCAAUGUGUGUGUGUGUGUGUGUGUGUGUGUGUGUAGCUUCAGCCCGGCGUAAACGCUCGUGGGGCCGCAACACUCACGGUUUCUAAGAACAGCAAGCAGAUCAGACCUGUGUGGAGUUUGAAAAGUUAUCCUGAAGAAGUGAACCUGGUAACACGAAGCAGAAGGGAGAAAUAGCCUUGUCUUUACAAAUGAUAACUGGACCCCCGAAAUAUCACUUUUCACCUUGAGGCACCGCCAGAACACCACAGGAUGGCAGGGGCACUGAGCCUCGCCUGGGGUGUCACUGCCCAUCGCCCAGCCCUUCUCCGGCAAGUUCUAAGGAGUUUUAGUGUAACAGCAGUAAGGAACCAAGAAACAGGAGCAGCAGUAGCAGCAGCCAGCAUUGACAGCAGAAAGUCUCCCCUAAUUCUGGAUGAGAAAUUUCCUGACAGCAACUCCAUUGUUGUGCCACGGGAAGCCUGGAUUGAGACCUUGGAUACCAGUGCUGCUUCCACACAGGUUGGGCUGAUACACCUCCACCCACAGGUGUUUGGUGCUAACCCUAGGCUGGAUUUGAUUCAUGAGAAUGUUACCUGGCAGAAAAAAUUUCGCAUGGUGAAUUAUGCCCACACUAAAGUCCGUUCAGAGGUGCGGGGUGGUGGGAAGAAGCCAUGGCCUCAGAAGGGCCUGGGCCGUGCCAGGCAUGGCUCUAUACGGUCCCCUCUGUGGCGUGGCGGAGGAGUGACACAUGGACCGCGUGCCUACACUACACAUUUCUACAUGCUGCCUUUCUCCAAGAGGCUGCAGGGGCUCACUGCAACUCUUUCUGCUAAGUUUGCACAGGAUGACCUGAAAAUAGUGGAGAGCCUGGACAUGCCAUCAGACGAGGCUGGAUACUUGGAGCAGUUGUGUGAGAACCGCAGAUGGGGCAUAUCUGUGCUCUUUGUUGAUGAUUCUGACAUCAUGCCUCGCAACAUCACCUUGGCCUCAGACACUCUGAGACACAUGAACCUAAUGCCUGUGUAUGGCCUCAAUGUACACAGCAUGCUGAAGCAUGAGACUCUUGUGCUGACUGUGGCAGCUGUGCGACGCAUUGAGGAAAGAAUCCUUUAUCACUUCAGACGACCAGAUUUGCCCAAGGAAAACAUGAAAAGGUUCAGAAUGUAACUCGGCUGAAAACCAGACGUAGCUGAGGAGUGGAGUGUACAGAUUCCAUCUGAAGUGUAGCUUGUUGCUGAAAAAAAAAAAAUCAAUGGCAGCAGACAUGAAGGAAUGAAAUCCCAGGCAUUGGUCACAUCUGGGGUGGGUAAAUAGGCCUUAUAGGUAUUUUCUGUGGCCCACCAUUGUAUCAAAUAAUUUAUUUAUUUAUUUUUAUUUUAUUUUUAUUUUGUUAUUUUAUUAUUUAUUUAUUUUAUUUAUUUAUUUUUUUUUUAUUUUACUUUUUUUAUUUAUUUUUUUUUUAAAGUUCAUAAUUAUCUGAGUUACCCAUCCAUGGCAGAAAAAAUGUCUCUAUGCCUAUUAAAUGAAAGUCUGUAUGUUGAUUAAUAUUUUUUGAGACAAAUAAUAUUUUAAAAGGAUCAGAAUUUACUUUGUGUAAACAUUGCAAUUUCACCUUAACUGAACAUGUGGCUUUUAAAAUGCACCACCAUUCAAGGGGUUGCCUGCUUGUCUAGUUAAUUAUCCAUUUUAAAAUCCACAAUCCCAGAUCAAAAUAUGAACUGUAGCAUUCACUACUGAAUCAAGAAGCUUAAAUGUACAUAAGUUGUCAAUAAGAAAUAAAAAGACUGUUUUACAAAAUAAACAUGCUGGUGAA